UGUUGGUGCCUUUCACCUAAUCGCUCAUCUAAGGAUGGGAAACAACUAUGUCGGUGGCUUGGUCCAAGUUUUACUAUUGGAGCAGCUCUUUGUUUUGCUGUUGCUAUUGCCAAUGGACAAGUACUACAACGAUUGUCAGUGAUUCCUUUGUCAGCCGAAGAGCAAAACAGUGAACCAAUGGAAGAGAAAAAGAAAGAGUUUAUGGAAGACCUGAAGAAGAAUCUGAAGAAGAAGGCUGAUGGAGUUUCUAUCUCUGAAGAAGAACUUGAUCGCAUUUGGCAUAAAUACAACAUGCCGAUCUCUGCAAUCGAAGACGGUGGUUACCUGCAGUAUGCACAAUAUGAAGAUCACCCACAAGAAGAUCCUCGUCACAAGAUUGAAGGUGAUUUUGAAGAGCCGCCAGAUCAAGAAUCAGAUCCUGUUGAGUUCGACAAAUAUGUCUCUGCAAAAGUAUCGUUUAAUGCAGAUGGAGUUGAGACUUUUGGAGUUGUUCAAGGUCGGAAACGUGACUCAUCUGGAAAAUUGAUUGGUCACUACCACGAGAAUCCACACCUUGACACAUCUAUCUAUCAAGUGGAGUUUGAGGAUGGAAAAGUGGAAAGUUUCUAUGCAAAUCAGAUUAUCGAAGGGAUAAUGAUGAAUGUUGAUGAUGAAGGUAACACGAUGUACCGGUUUCGCAAAUUUAUUGAUCAUCAACGUGACGGACGAGCAGUUAGAGGGGACAAUGGAUGGUAUACUACCUCUAGCGGUCUCAAGCGUCCACGAAAGACAACCAAAGGAUGGAAAUUAUUAGCUGAAAUGAAAGGUGGAGAAACCAAAUGGCUUGACCUAUCAGUAGCAAAAGAAGCGUUUCCUAUCAAGGUCGCCGAAUAUGCUGUUGCAAACAAGCUUGUGUCAGAGCCUGCCUUUGCGUGGUGGGUUCCCUACACUUUGAGAAAGCGUGAUCGAGUUUUGAAAGCUGUUAAGCGCCGUGCUGUGAAAAGACAGAAGCCAGAAAAGUUUGGUAUUGAAGUGCCUGGUCCUGGGCCGAAAGGCGUUGCACGUGCGUAUGAACUUGAUGCUCAGAAUGGUACCUCACAUUGGAAUGAUGCCUUGAUCAAAGAGGUCAAAACAAUCCUACCAGCUCUGAAGAUUCUGGAAGAAGAUGAAGAUGUUCCUGUCGGAUACCAGCUCAUUGAGAUUAUGACUGAGAUGGACCUCACAUGGAAGGCACAAAUAUGUGCUAGAGGGGACCAAACGGAUCCUCCAAUGUCUGUCACCUAUGCAAGUGUUGUGACAAGGGAAAGCCAAACAGAGAAGAUUGAUCCGCGCAAAGCAUUGGUCGAUGACCUGUGCAAGCAAAUUCAAAAAUGGAGGGACGAGGGUUGUGAAGUUUUGCUGGGGAUCGAUGCUAACGAAGAUCUUUCGGUCAACUCCCCGGACUCCAUACGACAGCGGUUUGGUGAGUGUGGAAUGGAGGAAGCGAUUUUGAAACGGCAUCCCCCCACGGCUACCCACCAACGAAAUCAAAGCAACGUUCCCAUCGAUGGAAUCUUUACCACUUCAGGUGUUCCGGUUCUGGCUGGUGGCUACUACGCAUUUGGUGAAUUUGUUGAAGCAGACCACAGUGCACUAUGGAUCGAUAUCGACUUGAACACGGCUUUGGGUAAUUUCACACCCCAGGGGUCUACCUUUAAACCUCGCAAACUCACUCUGUUGGAUAAGCGGUCGGUUAGACGCUAUCUUCAACUGGCCCACUUGGGUUACGAGGAGCAUGACAUCCCGUCCCGUCUUACCAAGCUCAAUCAGCGCAUUGAAUCCAAUGGAUGA